GGACCAGAGUUGGGAACCCCUGAGAUGCACACUUGAUUUAACAAUAUGAGACUCAAGGUUCUUGUUCAGUUUCUCUUCAGGAUGUAUGAACUUCCAGAGGAAGACCACGAGAUCCUGUUCUCUGCCAAGUUUCUGGGUCAGGUGGAGGUGGGCCGACACGCUGGACUUCAGGUCCUGGAAGAAGCGGUUCAGAACCUGAAGACCCCAGAUCAGUUCUCCUCAGAAAAGGCGGCAAAGAAAAGCAAGGUGCACCUUUUCCUGUCCAUGAACGGGAUCGACGUUUUGGAAAACAAAACCAAGUUUCUCCUGUACUCCUGUCCUCUGUCCACCGUCUCCUUCUGUGCCGUCCUGCCGUCUUCACCCAAAGUUUUUGGCUUUGUGGCCCGGCAUCCUGCGGCAGAGACGUACUACUGUUACCUGUUCCAGAGCAAGAAGUUUGCUCACGUGCUGGUCUCGGUUAUCGGCGACGCCUUUCAAGCUGCAAAAAAGGAGGAAAAGAUCAGACGAGGAGGUCGAGAUCUGAUAGUGGAAGCACUCAGACACAAGAAUAAACUGCUGCAGAAGGAGAAUGAUGAGCUGAAACGGAAGCUUGCAGCAAAAAACUAGCUGUUUGUGUAAAGGUACUCUGAC